AUGCACUCCCCCCUCCCCGACUCCAGCGCCCUCGAAGCGGGCAUCCUGGAAGACGAGCGCCCAUCACGACUCUCGCGAGUUCAGGAUAACGUCCGCAACCUCCUUCGCACGUCGGUCUUUGGCGGAGUCGCAUCUGUCAAGAGCUCGCCUACCACGCCGACGUAUCCUCCACCAGGCCAGACACAUGGCCUACAGCAUCAGCCGGAAGUCCUCCCAAGCCCCUCGCCACGGCUACAAACACAGCAGCAAGCGGAAGUUCUCCCAAGCCCUUCCUCAACGCACUACACCUCCAGUCCCCUCGACACAACAUUCAUCAAUCCGCAAGGAAACGCCGCCCCUCAUAUCCAGUCAACGCACCAAUCCACCCUCUUCAACACCCGCGCCGUCGCAGCCCUCAAUCAUCCGGAUCUAAGCGAUCCUUCGCUGGCGACGUUCUCGCAGCAGAAACGACAGGUACGGAAACAGCGCAGUGCGGCGAGUGGAUGGACGAGGAAGGGGAGGAGUAAGAGAGCUGUGGUGGCGAAGAAGGGGUCGAGGGGGUUGUUGUGUUUGUUGGCGGCGCUGUUGUUGGCUGCGCUUGUUGCGACUUAUGUCACCAUCGCCACGACGGCGUCUGGUCUCACUACGACGUUUCACGUCUUAUUCGUCCUUGGGAUCUGUCUGGCUACGAUCGUUUUCGCCUACUCCAUCAUUCAGCUUGUCUUCAUGAGCAAGAGAUCGAGAACACAGCAACCGCUCUUCAUAGCAGUCUCUCGACAUGGCAAUCAGCGCCGACAUCGGCACCACCACCAUCAUCGACACCCUCCGCAACAACAGCAGCAGCGUGCGAUGCCCACACUGACCGGCGAAAGCGACUUCAUCCCGAACAUGCCCAUCCCAGUCCAUCUCUCCUCAGACGACAUCCGCAUCCACGCAGACCCCCUCCCCGCCCAACCCACCGCAGGAGCAGAGAUGGCCUCCCAAGAACCCUGGGACAAAGACGCCGAAGAGCUGCCAAACCCCCCUCCAGCGUACGGCCGCUGGCGGAACAGCGUGCGCGCGAAUCCGGAUCUGCUGCACUGGCAGGCUGUGCCGUCGCCCGUGACGCCGGAGACGCCCGCGUUGCCUUCGCCGACGUAUGAAGAGGCUGUGAGGGAGGAGGGCGGGGCGCCGCCGAGUUAUAUGACGAGGGAGAGUCCGGCGCGGCAGAGGGAGAUGCGCGAGGCGCGAGCUGGGAUUGCGCGCUCGGUGGUUGUCGAGCCGGAGAUGGUGGAGGCUAGAGGCCAAGGGGUCGGUGUUGGGCUGGCGAUGUAA